UGGGGGGGUGUGCGCGAAUGUUGGAGGGAGAGAGCGAAUUGCUCUGGGCUGGAGGAGACACAGGGAGUCAUUCUGUCAAGGGGAGGAGGCGGGCGGGGGCAGGCACUGGGCCUCUCUCACAAAGUCCUCCUCUCUCUGCUCCCUCCCACUUAAUUCACUUGCAAAUCAGUGUGUGCCCACAAGAGCCAGCGCUCUGGAGCCCCGUCACCUCCCCAGCCCGAGAGCUGCAGUUUCAGCCGCGGCAGGCAGCCCAAGAGGCAGAGCCAGGAGCGAGCGCGGUGGCCGCGGCUACUGAGGCAGGAGCAGCCCGGGCGGGUCGAGGGGUAUCCGCGGGCGGGAGGGCGCAGGAAGGCGAACAGAGAUAUCCUCUGAGAGCCAAGCAAAGAACAUUAAGGAAGAAAGAAGGAAUGAGGUUGGAUACCGUGCAGUGAAAAUAAAAGGGAUUUGAAGGAAAGGACACCUGCUCCCCAGAGACUGAUCUGUGGCAUCAGAAUGAGAACUUACCGAUACUUCUUGCUACUCUUUUGGAUUGGUCAACCCUACUCAACUUUCUCAGCUCCAUUACCUCAGAGGACUAGUGGUUUCCCAACAAGAAAAAGGGCUCUGGAGCCCUCUGGAAACAGCAAAAAUGAGCUGAGCCGUUCGAAAAGGAGCUGGAUGUGGAAUCAGUUCUUUCUCUUGGAGGAAUACACAGGAUCCGAUUAUCAGUAUGUGGGCAAGUUACAUUCAGACCAAGAUAGAGGAGAUGGAUCACUUAAAUAUAUCCUUUCAGGAGAUGGAGCAGGCGAUCUCUUCAUUAUCAAUGAAAACACAGGGGACAUACAGGCCACCAGAAGGCUGGACAGGGAAGAAAAGCCUGUCUACAUCCUCCGUGCUCAAGCUAUAAACAGAAGAACAGGAAGGCCUGUGGAGCCCGAGUCUGAAUUUGUCAUCAAGAUCCAUGACAUCAAUGAUAAUGAGCCAAUAUUCACCAAGGAGGUUUAUACGGCCACUGUCCCAGAAAUGUCUGAUGUUGGCACGUUUGUUGUCCAGGUUACUGCCACAGAUGCCGAUGAUCCAACAUAUGGAAACAGUGCUAAAGUUGUCUAUAGUAUCCUCCAAGGACAGCCUUAUUUUUCAGUUGAAUCAGAAACAGGUAUCAUCAAGACAGCCUUGCUCAACAUGGAUCGUGAAAACAAGGAGCAGUACCAAGUGGUGAUUCAAGCCAAGGACAUGGGCGGCCAGAUGGGGGGCUUAUCUGGGACCACCACGGUCAACAUCACGCUGACAGAUGUCAACGACAAUCCUCCUCGGUUUCCCCAGAGUACGUACCAGUUUAAAACCCCUGAGUCUUCUCCACCGGGUACACCAAUUGGCAGAAUCAAAGCCAGUGAUGCAGACGUGGGAGAGAAUGCUGAGAUUGAGUACAGCUUCACAGAGGGAGAGGGAAUGGACAUGUUUGAAGUUAUCACUGACCAGGAAACGCAGGAAGGAAUCAUCACUGUCAAAAAGCUCUUGGAUUUUGAAAAGAAGAAAGUAUAUAACCUCAAAGUGGAAGCCUCCAACCCUCAUGUUGAACCCCGCUUUCUCUACUUGGGGCCAUUCAAAGAUUCAGCCACAGUGAGAAUUACAGUGGAAGACAUGGAUGAACCCCCUGUCUUCAGUAAGCUGGCCUAUGUCCUACAAAUAAAAGAAGAUACUCAGAUAAACACCACCAUUGGGUCGGUCACAGCGCAAGAUCCAGAUGCAGCCAGGAAUCCUGUCAAGUAUUCUGUUGAUCGACACACGGAUAUGGACAGAAUAUUCAACAUUGAUUCUGGAAAUGGUUCCAUUUUCACAUCGAAACUUCUUGACCGGGAAACUGUGCUAUGGCACAAUAUUACAGUGAUAGCAACAGAGAUCAAUAACCCAAAACAAAGCAGCCGAGUACCACUCUAUAUUAAAGUUUUAGAUGUCAAUGACAACGCCCCAGAAUUUGCCGAAUUCUAUGAAACAUUUGUCUGUGAAAAAGCAAAAGCAGAUCAGUUGAUUCAGACCCUACGAGCCAUUGACAAGGAUGAUCCUUACAGUGGACACCAGUUUUCCUUUGCUUUGGCCCCAGAAGCAGGCAGUGGUUCAAACUUUACCAUUCAAGACAACAAAGACAACACAGCAGGAAUCUUGACUCGGAAGAAUGGCUACAACAGACACGAGAUGAGCACCUAUCUCCUGCCUGUGGUCAUUUCAGACAAUGACUACCCAGUCCAAAGCAGCACUGGGACAGUGACUGUCCGGGUCUGUGCAUGUGACCACCACGGGAACAUGCAGUCCUGCCAUGCGGAAGCCCUCGUCCACCCCACGGGACUGAGCACGGGGGCUCUGAUUGCCAUCCUUCUGUGCAUCGUGACCCUACUAGUGACAGUGGUGUUGUUCGCAGCUUUGAGGCGACAACGGAAAAAAGAGCCUCUGAUCAUUUCCAAAGAGGACAUUCGAGACAACAUUGUCAGCUACAAUGACGAGGGUGGCGGAGAGGAGGACACCCAGGCCUUUGACAUCGGCACGCUGCGCAAUCCUGAAGCCAUAGAGGACAGCAAACUGCGCAGGGAUAUUGUGCCCGAAGCCCUUUUCCUCCCCCGACGGACUCCAACAGCCCGAGAUAAUACUGAUGUCCGGGAUUUCAUUAACCAAAGGUUAAAGGAAAAUGACACGGACCCCACCGCCCCACCCUACGACUCCUUGGCCACCUACGCCUACGAGGGCACCGGCUCAGUGGCCGAUUCGCUCAGCUCUUUAGAGUCGGUGACCACGGAUGGAGACCAAGACUAUGACUACCUGAGUGACUGGGGCCCUCGCUUCAAAAAGCUCGCUGACAUGUACGGAGGGGUGGACAGUGACAAAGACUCCUAAUAGGUUGCCUUCCCCCACCCUCCCUAGUCCUCUUUCCUUUCCCCCCAAGAUGACACUGAAAUAUGUCAAGUGGCUCCUUCUUUCUAUCUAUCCACUACUCUGUGAAGGAUACGCUGUUCUACCCGAUUCAAAAGUCAAUGGCUGCAGUCUGUGUGGAUCCAGUGUUAGAGACUUUUUUUUUCUAGUACACUUUUUUUCUGAGCUUCCAAGAGACAGAGGUUUAUUUUUUAGUGCACCCAAGUGAACGGUGUACAUCCCAGCAGUCCCCUGUGCUGGGUGUUCUCUUAGGGCAAGUUUGGAACAUGCUUGGUUCCUUCACUCCACUAAGGCAGGUCAGCUACUGCUCUGACUACUCAUUUCACUUGCUAAAGGGAGGGGAGCUUGUGCUCUAAGGGGAGGCACGAGGGUGUGUUCCCCAGGUAUCAGCUCACAAAGAGAUAAUGAACUCUACAUAAGGGUGUGGGUUUUCCGUCACCAAGAAUUUUAAAUGAUAUUUGCCCAUCCUGUUUGUUCUUCAAGAACUUUUUCUGGCACGAAGACUACUCAGACUAUCAAACCUACCAAAUGUGUCUCCUUAGGAACAGAAGGCAAAUAAGUGGGAACAUUCACAAGCAAACAAACAAAAAAGAAUUGAAUGAGAUCUCCUUCCUUGCCACGCAUCACAAUUUGUUAACUAGACAAGUAAAAGUUUGCCUUUGCACCAUAAAAUGAGGAAAUAGCUACUAUUGUUAACAAAAGAGAUAUCUACCCGAUUUUAAAGUUCAGGCCACCAAAUGUACCACGGAUCAUUUGAAAGUAGUUUAGCCAUCUGGAUCUAAUUAUAUAUAAGUCUAAUUGUUGAAAAGUUCAUGAAGGAACUUGAAUCUAAGCUCCUUGUCUGUAGCUGUCACCAGUAUUAUUCUAAUAUACUUGAAAGUAGCAAUGUGAAGUACAGUAACUCCUAUUCUUCAGAUCCUUCCUACACAAUUAAGUUGCAUCCGUAAAGGUAGAUUAAAUGAAGCUGAAAUCCUGCUCUCAGAAUUAAAUAGAGAGGUCAGAGCCAGCCACCUGAACCUGAUAACACUAUCCUUCACACUCAGAAAUAUCACUAUAUGUAACAUGAUAGGUACACAUGAGCAUUUUCAUGGUGAAAACCUGUGUAUCACAUGUUUAGAAGAUGCUUACACAGGGAAAACGUGAAUUCCCUUCAACCAGAGUGUUUAAGAUUGUAAUUAAAAUGAUAGUUGACUUCCAAAGCAUUAGCAUUUUUCAUUGUUUUUAACUUUGUUCCCAUGGCAACCCUGCCAUUCUUAUCUUUGAACUAAUGAUAAAGUAAUGGUCUCAAACUAUGACAGAAAAGGAAUGUACAAUCCACCCAAUCUAUUAUUUCUCUCUAAUUAUGCAAUUAGCAUUCUAGUUAUUAUCCAGAGGGCCCAACUGCACUGAACUAAUCCUUUUGGCAGGUUCAAAUCAUUUAUUUCACAUAGCUGUUCUAAUGAUUUUUAUCAUUAGAAUCCAAUCAUAAAUUUCCCAAGUACUGCAAUGAAAAAAAAAAUCUUAUUUUUAAAACUUUCAAAAAGCAGAAUCUGUGUAUAUAUAUAUAUAUAUAUAUAUAUAUAUAUAUGACAUGUACUUCAGAAUAUGCUGACUUCAAUUAUUAGUCUUCGUGAUUUAUUUUCAGUUAAUGUUAGUUUUCUACAGAUAAAAUUAGUGUCAUUUCCAUUUGGGGGUGUUGUCAUAUUUUCUAUUUGGAAACAUACUGUUCUUUGGUUCAGUAUUAAAUAGGCAUUAAACCAAAAAUUAAAGAUGGCACCUUUAAAAUAAAAGAAAUACAGUCUUCUGGGUUACCCAGUUAGAGUGAAAAAAAUACAACUAUAUCCCAUGUGUUUCUCGAAAGAUCUCCUAUUAUAUAAUGAGCUUUCCUGUAUACUAACAAUUAUUUUAUGCUUGGAUUAUUUCUUGCUUUCAGGAUUUCUUUUUGUUAGCUUUAUACACAUGCACACACAAACACACAGAGGAAUGCAACCAAAAUACUACAGAAAGGUUUCACUGUACUGAAUCAAUAGGUAUCAUAGUCACACAUAAGGAAAAAAAAAAGGUAGCUUAGUAAAGUUAAUAACUAGUUCUUAUAUCAAUAGAACAGCACCUUAACCACAUGAUUUGAUGUGAAGUUAAAGAGUUUGCUAUUCUUAUGUUUUCUGUCAUGUAGCAAAUCAAGAAGGAUAGUUCUGUCAAAAGAAAGGCAUCUUCAGAAGUCUUCCUUUUGAAAUUGAUGAGUUUAUUGGAACACCUGAGGGCAAUUUCCAGUGUUUGAGGGUAAGGUUUAUUCUCUCAUAAGUGAAAAAUAAGUAGUUACUUAGUGGAAUAUUUGCAAUGUAAUUGGCAAAGUAUUUUAUUCCGACCUGAAAAUGACACAGAGUAUUGGAAACAGGUUAAUGUGACUAAAUACUGAAAUAACUUUAAUCUCUUACUGAGAAAUCUGGUAUGAAGUGAAUCUAAGAAAUUGGAUCAUUUGAGAUUGGAGCCGACUACUUGGCACUAAGGUUCCAUAAGUAUGAAGUUAAAGUAAUAUUGUCCUACAAUUAAGGCUUUUUGCCAUCAUAGAAACAAGAAGGGACACAAAUCUUUCUUCCCACAAAAGCAUCAGGUCAAGGACCCAAGUCAGCCUGAUUGAUUGAUUACUGGAGAAAAAAAAAAAAAGUUUUCAGUUGAGUUUUCACACUGUCUCUGUCCUGAGAUUAGUGGUUUUAAAAAAAAAAGUGGAAGAAAGUUGGGGAAAGGUAAAAAUCUCAGUCUUACUUGAAUCACUAACAAACUCAAUGCAUUAGCUCUAAGCAGUUUGCUUCUGUAAGUUAUUUCAAGGAGUUUAAGGCUUUUCUACCAUUUUUGAACUCUAUUAAUAUUCAUGGUCUCUUCAGACAACUAAGAUGGUCCCUGGAAUAAGGUGAAAUUUUAAGAACAUCAAGCUAUUGUCCAUAAAUUAAAAAUUCACAGUCACAGUCCGCAAAAAAACAGUUGCUGCAAAAUUAAAAACUAAAUCAUGUGGGAGAAAGAAGCAAUGACGGUUCCAUAAAAGUAUAAGACAGGGAAUCUGAACAGAAUAAGUAAACACACCUAUUUUACAGAACUGUCUGUUUAAUGAUUUAGGUAUAUAAAGGGAGGUCUGGAUACAAGGUGGCUCUAUUUUCAGAUGGAAAAAAGACCUGGCAAUUUAAUUUAGCUCAAUAUAAAAUUUUUGAUUUAGUGUUCACCUUCAGCUCUCCCCAAAAAAUUGUACAAAAGUUAUUAAAAGUUGGAUUUCUAUUUUAGAAGUAUCUAAAUUAACUUUAGAGUGUUUCCAUUACUUUCAUGUUUUAAGUACACAAAUUCUCAAUAUUCAGAUCCAUUAGAGAAUACCUUAUAUCGAAUGUUUUGCCUUGAAUUGAGUCUUUAUCUAGAGAAAAUAAUGUAUAAACUACUACUAAAUGUUCCUUGACUCUUUGCACUUGAGCUAAACGCAAUUGAAAGGAAAGAACAGAGUUGAUUCCUGGGCACAAACUAGAUAUUUAAACCAGGGACUGCUAAACACAUUUCCCCAGGAGACAGACCACCAAAUAAACUUUUCAUCCUAGUCACUAGUCUUGAAGUAGUAAAUUACCUUGAAAGAAUCUUCUAAGAAGCCAUGAUUCUCACUAGUUUGAAAAGUACCCUCUGUAAAGAAUCAUUUUAGUAUAAAUUUUCUUUUUGUUUUUAUCUAGAUGAAA